AUGUUGUCGUCAUUGAUUUCGGGCGUGGCGCCAGCGGCGCUGCUGCUUGCUGGGGCUGUCAAUGCAGAGUACUCUAUCGAGACACAAGAUGAUAUUCUCACCACAGCCAGCACGUUGGCAUACGACCUCAUGCUUUUCUACCAAGGAAAUAAGACCGGAGAGAUCCCAGGCAUCCUACCAGGACCACCAGACGAUGGGAAGGGAGAUUACUAUUGGUGGCAGGGCGGCGCGAUGAUGGGCACUUAUAUCGAUUAUUGGUUUUACACAGGCGACACAAGCUACAACCAUGUCAUUACGGAGGGCAUGCUACACCAAGUCGGACCCGGACGCGAUUACAUGCCACCCAACCAUACCGCCUCCCUCGGCAACGAUGAUCAAGGCUUCUGGGGCAUGGCAGCCAUGCUAGCAGCCGAAAACAAAUUCCCGGAUCCUCCAGAAGACCAACCGCAAUGGCUCGCGCUCGCGCAAGCCGUGUGGACGACACAGGCCAGCCCGGACCGCCACGAUGAGACAUGCGGCGGCGGUCUGCGAUGGCAGGUCCCGCCCACAAACACCGGCUACGACUACAAGAACACGAUUUCGAAUGGGAUCUUUUUUAACAUGGGCGCGCGUCUGGCGCGGUACACGAAUAACGAUACGUACGCUCGCUUUGCGGAAGAGAGCUGGGAUUGGAUGUGGGCGGUGAACUACAUCGACCACGAGAACUACCGAGUGUAUGACGGAGGCCACGUCCCGAAGAACUGCACCAACGUCUUUAAGGCUACCUUUUCUUACAACAUCGCUAUUUUGAUGCAGGGCUGUGCAUUCAUGGCCAACCACACCGGAGAACAGAAGUGGUUCGACCGCACCGAGAGACUCGUCGAGUCCGCCCUCCUGGACUUCUUCGCCGACGGUGCCGCAUACGAGGUGCCCUGCGAAUUUGAGCAAGGACGCUGUUCCCAAGAUAUGCUGAGUUUCAAGGGAUAUCUUCACCGCUGGAUGAACGUCGUAUCUCAGCUAGUGCCAUCGACCCGCGAGCUCAUUCGGCCUGUCCUUCUCAAUUCGACUCGGUCUGCGCUGAAACAAUGCACCGGAGGAACAUCCGGACGCGCUUGCGGCUUUUACUGGACGAAGGGAGUGUUCGUUGACCCUGCGGUCGAUAAGACGAGUGGUGCAGGAGAAGCCAUGGAUGCGUUGGGUGCCGUGCUGAGCAUCAUGGACCCCGAGGCCCCUGCGACCAACUCCACGGGAGGCACGUCAAAGGGUGACCCGAAUGCCGGCAUGAACUCUCAUCCGUACCGUGAGUUCUCGCCGAUUACUACGGGCGACAAGGCCGGUGCUAGCUUCAUUACUAUCAUCAUGUUGGUGAGCGCCGUGAGUAUUUGGGGAUGGAUGUCCAUCGGCGCUUCGGAAUGGAAUGAGAGCAAGGGCAAGGGCCCUGGAAAGUCGGAGGGUUUGGAGCCUGACACAUCAAAGGAGAGUGUAUUUCCGGCCUUCAGGUAG